AUGAUUAGCGCAACAAAGCGCUGGCUGCGGAGGAAUCGCAAUGGCCUUGCGAUCGGGGCUGGUGUUAUUGGUGUGGGAUAUUUGGCAACACAAUAUAUUUUCUCAAAGAUCUCAGAAGCAAGCGAGCGCAUGAGCAGCGAGAGAAUAGCCCGGGACAAUCUUCGUCGCCGCUUUGAGCAAAACCAAACAGACUGCACAUUCACUGUUCUUGCGCUUCUUCCUACAGCGACAGAGAACAUUUUGGGGGCACUGCCUGUGGAAGAACUAACCAAUGAACUCCAGAUGAAGCGGGCCGCUAGGCUGGCUAAACUUACUGGAAGUGAAGUACAAGGUUCAGAGAUGAGCUCUGGGUCUCCGAGCAUGACAGAGGAUGAUGUCUCGAGCUUACGGAGUGACAACUAUGUGCACGCGAGCCAGAUGAUGGGUGAGUCGACAGCACGAGAGCAGGAAAAGAAGUCGAGAUCUCGUAUACAGCUAUGGAAUGACCUGAAAAUCAACUGUGGGUAUUAUUAUUACCUGCCUUCAUUAUCCCCAAAGUUGACCGUAUCAGCUCUAACUAGAUCCUUCACCUUACUCUACACCCUCUCGCUCCUCACGCUCCUAACACGUAUUCAAUUGAAUCUUCUUGGCCGGCGGAACUAUCUUUCUAGUGUUGUAGCGUUGGCAGCACCUUCACAGAACCCAUCUAAAAUCAGCCUUGAAGACGACGAUAAGCCGGAACACGCGUUUGGAAACGACUUCGAGACAAACAGACGAUAUCUGACAUUUAGCUGGUGGCUUCUACAUAUGGGAUGGAAAGAUUUAAUGGAGGAAGUAGAGGCAGCGGUAAAGGCCGUGUUUGGAGAGAUGAAUCCUAGAGAAGACAUGAGCCAUGAAAAACUAUCCGAGUUGACGCUGGCCGUACGAAAGAGAGUGGAAGGAAACACUAGUGAGGAGAGACAAGUGCGAAAAUGGCUCCCUUACCUACUACCCCCACGAGAAAAGGAAGAUUUUGUCUUACAAGAGUCAGGCGUCCUCUCAGCAACUGAGGCAACACCCCAGAGUGCUGCAAGUCUUAGGCGCCUUAUCGACGAGACGUCUGAUCUGAUUGAUUCACCCUCCUUUACUCACGUCUUCUCACUCUUAAACAACGAGGCGUUCUCAUACCUCAUUGACACCAAAUGUGCCACAGAGGCCUUCAACAAUCCACCACAAGCGCCAAAACACAACCUGUCACAGCCUUUCUCUUCCACUGCCACCAUGAUUUCCGUCACCGAGUCAUCUGCUUUGAAAGCAAAAUUGGCAUCUAUCCUGGCGGUGGUGGCUCGCCAAGCCCAUCUCAUUGGAAAUGGAAUUAACCCGCCCAACGAGUACCUGUCGAUAAUGGAGCGUGAAGUCCGCGAACUAGAGGCGUUUGCAGCGGUAAUAUACAGUAGUAAUUUUGAUUUAAGCCCGGCGGACCCCCACCUUGACCCCAAAGUCAUGCCUGGUAUCCCGUUGGCAGACCCAGAAGACGGCGACACAAGUAUCAACAUUCUUCAGUGA